CCUCAUCCAGCAACGAUGAAGAUCCAAGUCGCUCUCGCCGGUCUGUUGUCGCUUGCCGGCCUAACAUCCACAACUACGGCCGAUCCGUCUUGGCACAAUCUGGUCAUCACGGCUCCACGAUACGGAAGAUACCUCACCCGUACCGCGUCCGGAGAGCCCUUCUUGUGGCAGGCCGACACCGCGUGGGAAUUAACCCACAAGUUGAACAAGACGUCCAUCGAUUUCUACCUCAAGACUCGCGCCGAGCAAGGCUUCAACGUCAUCCAGACGGUUGUGAUAGCUGAACUGAACGGCACAACCCGAGCCAACUUUUACGGCGAUCUGCCUUACAAUAACUCGGACACAACGCAGCCUAACGACGCGUACUUCCAGCUCAUUGACUGGACCGUCGACCUGGCAGCAAGCUACGGUCUUCUCGUCGCUCUUGUGCCUGUGUGGGGUCGCUGGGUCAACGGAGGCUGGCACAACGAUGAGGAGUCGAUUUUCAACGAGUCAACUGCCUAUGAAUGGGGAAAGUUCCUUGGUGACCGAUAUCCUGGUCUACCCAAAUUUCUCGGAGGUGAUUCCGACUGUCUGUGGCCUCGAAACACCAGUAAGGCCAUGGUAUCCUACGCGACGGAUCCUAACGUAGACCCUGCCACUCUCCUUGGUCCAAUUGAGGACACUACGGACAUUUGGGUCAGCAUGCGGUCUGGUGUAGAGGACGCUGAGACGGCACACGGUUACGAGCCCGUGAUCCUGUUCCACCCCACUGCAGGCUGGAUCUCUAGACCUGUGAACACCCCAGAGGCAUAUGCGCACUGGAUGUUGCCUAAGGAGGAGUUCCGUGUGUCUAUUGACGGAGCGCAGUCUGGCCACGCGGUACCCGAAGCGCUUGGUGGGUUUACCCCAUACACGACUUGGGACUCGACCAAGAACUACGAACUUAUCGCUACUAUGCUAGACUCCUUUACGGGUCCCGUAUUGGACCUUGAAAACCAUUACGAAGGCGCGUACUACAACUUUAACAAGAACUUCCCUAUCUGGAACGCAUCGGAGGUCCGUACGGGUCUCUAUCACGGCGUUUACGGUGGUGCCGCGGGCUUCACUUACGGUGCCAACAGUGUGUGGCAAAUGUAUGAACCUGCUGCUAAUCUACUACGUGAAAGUGAUUACUACUCCCCGGCGGCCAGUCAGGACGCGUCGAGCUCUUGGCGAGAGGAUAUUUUCUUUGAGGGGGCGACCCAGAUCCAGUACAUCACUAAACCGCUGCAAAAUCUCUCGAUUGAAGCUCUGGAGCAGCUUGAGCCCGCUCGCCAGCUCCUUGGUAGCCCUAGCGGAUACCUGGACACCGCUGUGAACGCGUUCGAGGGCACCAGAUACAUUUCUGUCCUCGCGUCGGAGAACCGUGACCGAUACUACGUGUACACCGGUCAUGGCGAUUCUUUUAGUCUGAAGCUUGGCAAUGGAUCUGAGCGAUCUGGUACCGCUCGUUGGUUCUCCCCUCGCGACGGCCAGUAUUAUGCUAACUCUACGGUUGCCGUCUCUGCCAGCGGCAACGGUACGCGUGUGGACUUUAGGCCUCCCUCGGGUGGCAGCGUCGAUGAUGACUGGCUUCUGGUGCUUGAAUUCUAAAUAUCCGUUACAUGAAUAGGAGGAAUGUAAAGGAGAUGAUCGAAGUAAAAAAUGAUAAUACGACAUGGAAUG